ACUUCGAAAAGCUUUUAGAUUUCCUUCUUUUUAUUUUUUGGGGUGCAGAGGGAUUUCUAAAAAUUUCAUUGGCGAAUGAGUGCGGAAAAAAGGGGGGGGGGAGAAAUCGUCUAAAAUAGAAGGAAUCUUCGAGACUUUGUCGGAAUCUCGUACAUGAAGGCGGCGUCUCCGGCGGCCGGAGGAAUCGGACAGCGGACAGCGGCGUCGCUUGUGAAUUCUUUCCGACUGGCUGCGGUGGCGCAGCGGUUGGCCUUCUUCGUUCAGGCUGGUCGCCUGAGCAACUACAAGGAUCUCGGCGAGUUCCGAACCUGUUGUAUCACUCUGGCUAAAGGCAUCGAUUUCGCGAUUGCGAACAAUGAGAUUCCAUCCAAAGCUCGAGAAUUGCCUUUCCUGCUCAAGAAGCUGUGCAGGCGUAGAAGUGAGCAUUAUUCCAUAUAUGCGGUGUUAAUGGUGAUGAUGCUCUCGGUUAAGAAUGCUUGUCAGUUGGGAUGGUUUCAGCAAAGCGACAGUCAGGAACUUUUGGCACUUGCUGAUGAGAUAUGGAAUGGUUUUGGCAGUCAUGGAGGUAGCAGCCCUAGUUUGGAAGGCUCUGGCACUCCAUUUUCACUGAUCAUGGAGAGGUUCUAUCCAUUCAUGAAGCUGGGGCUUACUCUUCUUUCCCUUGAAGUGAAGUCUGGGUAUACAAUUUUGGCGAAAGACUUCUGUAUCUCGAAGAAGAUGCCUCAUACUACUCAACAGAAAAUACUGUUAUUUGUUGCCCGAACAGACAGCAUUGAGACAUCUGCUUGUAUUAUAAAUCCUCCAGAAGUCAGCUUCCUAUUGAACGGAAAGCCAGUUGUGAAGAGAGUAAACUUCCAAAUGGAUCCAGGGCCUCAGCUCCCAACAAAUGUUACUCCAUUGCUCAAAUAUGGGACGAACCUGCUACAAGCAAUGGGCAAUUUCAAUGGUCAUUACAUCAUCGUUCUUGCCUUUGUGGAUGUGAUACUGCUGCCUGAAACAUCUGUGCUGAAAGAUUACGUUCAGUCUGAAAGCAUUGAAUCAAAUUCAGAUGCUGACCUAAUCGAGGGGCCAUCUCGGAUAUCUCUCAGUUGUCCUAUCAGCCACAGUCGUAUCAAACUUCCUGUCAAGGGUCACUUGUGUAAACAUCUUCAGUGUUUUGACUUCUCGAACUAUGUCAACAUCAAUAUGAGAAAACCAUCAUGGCGCUGCCCGCAUUGUAAUCAGCCUGUCUGCUAUACUGAUAUUCGUGUGGAUCAAAACAUGGUCAAGGUUCUAAAAGAGGUUGGAGAUAAUGCUGCUGAUGUGAUAAUCUCUACCGGUGGAUCAUGGAAGGUUGCGGUGGAAAACGAUGAGACAAUGGAACCUGUGCGUGAAACCAAUCAUGAUCAUGAAGACCAAACUAGCAUCUUAAACUCUGGCCAGAUGGUUUUGGAUCUCACGGGGGACGAUGAUGAGAUGGGAACAUUUGGUAAUACUGAGGUUGAAGACCAGAAGCCCCUUUUAUCCGAUAUUCAAGGUCAAUCUAGUAAUGCGAAUAACGCUGCUUUGAAUGGGGACUUCUCUGGGUUUCAUACCUCCAAUGACCUACCACUGGAUUCUAUUAUGCUGGAUCAGUUUUCUGCUCCAAGCAACGGUAUGCCACAGCCAGCACAAACUUCAGAAGCUGCCCUCGGGCAAGAAUAUAUUGACUCAUCCCCAAUACCUAGAAGCCGAGAUCCCGUAGCAGUACAAGCCCUACCCAUACCGUCCUUACAGACCUCAUCUACCACGGAAGGCAGACCCGCAGCCACUACCACCACGUUCAAUGCAUCAAUACCCAUUUCUCAGUCCCCUCAGUUUCAGGCUUCCCCUGUUAUGCCUGCUGGACAUUACAUGGCUUCGGCUUCUCAGGUUCAGACAUCAUCUACACAGGAUAGACCUGUAACUACCACCAUGGUCAGCCCACCGAUACAAAGACCUCAAUCUUCUCAGGCCCAUGCGCCAUUUGUUAUGCCCGUUGGACAUUGUCAGGGUAGUACGGCCAGGUUGAUGGAGAGAUGGAGACUGUAUUACCGCAAUCCAUCUCAAGUGCCAGCCUCAACCUCAUCCCAUGGCCAUCCUUCAAUACUGAACAUGAGAAGCCAGUUUACAACGCCCCUAAGACAACCACCAUCCUCACACGAGUCUCGGGCGGCCAACAUAAACUUUGGCCACCAAACCCGGUUUGUAAGCAAUGAUCAGAUAAACAGCCUUAACCAAGCAGGUCCCACGGUUCAACCCGUAUCACAAGUCAGCAACCUAGUGGACCAGACCUCGGCUAAUAACACCACCCCUGCCAACUGGCGGCCAGUGGGCCGUAUGAGAGGAAGCCUUGUGCCUGGAUCUUACUCUGCAUCUCUUGACCACAUGAUCAUCCGACCAUCCCAACAACAGUCCCGGACAACUAGAUCGGCUCAAACCUGCCAGCCACUUCCUUCAAUGGAUUCUUACAAUCUACCUGAUAUUCAAGCGCUUUUGGCGAACCAAACCCCUGGGAUGGGUAUCCCCCAGACGCAAACCGUUAUAGAUUCACCGCCUGUGACGGUUCUGCCUCCCGAUUUCACAGAGUAUUCUGGUACAAUGCCUCCUCCAGGGACAUGGUGGGAUGAUAUCUUUAGUUAGGACAGCAACUCUACUAACAUGGUGAAACACGUUUAACAUGGUUGUGAAUUCUUUGGUUUAGGUUUGAACCGGUUUAGGCUUGUGAUAUGGCUACCGAAUUCCCGGUUUGUUGCCAGGUUAAAAUGUUGUCAAGAGGGCUUGAUUCCAUCUGCAGUGAUGUGGAAUUUUUUUUUUAUAAAAAAAAGGUGGUGGUUGGUGUAUAUUUC